AUGCGUCCCAGCCUCCUCAGGCAAGCUAUCCCCGCGCCCCAGACGUCGCAGCGCAUGCUGUCGACUGCGACCUCGACCAUGAACCGCCCGCUCGCCCAGCAACUUCGCCCAGCAUUCCAGCGCUCAGCCAUCCCCAAGUCGACACGCAUCGCCGCCUUCCACGCCACUCAGCGCAACCAGAUCCUGCCACCGCUGCCCCAGAAGAUCAUCGGAACCACCAACGACCCCGUCCCAGUGCCAGACCCCGACUACGCCCACGGCAGUUACCACUGGAGCUUUGAGAGGAUCGUCUCCGCUGGUCUUAUUCCCUUGACCAUUGCGCCCUUCGCUGCUGGAUCGCUGAACCCGCUUACCGACUCCAUUCUCUGCGCUCUUCUGGUAGUCCACUCGCACAUUGGCUUCGAGUCUUGCAUUAUCGACUACUUCCCCGCUAAGCGUGUUCCCUUUGUUCGGAAAGCUUCCAUGUGGGCUCUCCGUGCUGGAACUGUCGCAUUGGGUCUUGCCCUCUACUCUUUCGAGACAAACGACGUUGGUAUCACCGAGGCCGUCGCGAGUCGGGGCCGACAGCAACGAGCCUCGGUGUUGGUGUGUUGA